AUGCUCCUUUCACUUAUCCCCGUAAACGAUACAACUUACGGAUUCCCAUCAGCAUCAGAAGCUCAAGAGUCAUCUUUCAUUGAGGAAGCAUCAUUCGUGCAGAACCCUCUGAACUCAAGACUUGGUCCUAGACCAACUGGAGGCAGGACAAAAGGGACUUCACGUAAGGAUGCGCUGGGGGAUAUGCCUCUGGAGAUUCAGGAAGCAUUGAUUCUUGAAGAUCUUCUGUUCGUUCUGAUGGGAAUCCCUGGGACGUACAUUACCCAUGUCUCCGAUUAUCUUGUUGAAUCUGAAAGCAUAAAGGGGGGUAAAUUCGUUAUUGCGAACGAUUUAGAUGCUUCUUUGCGAGACCUCGUGGAGAGGAUCCUGCCUUUGGCCACAUACUAUAUGUCGAUCGCCUCCUUCAUGGAGCUUCGCAGUCACACUGAUUAUGGACUUGUGAAUCAUGCAUUAUGUGCGGCCAUUCGCGACAUGUUGAAGGACUAUUUGACAUUAGUCUCCCAACUAGAGCAUGCAUUCGUCUCAUCUUCAACCUUCAGUCUUCAGAAGAUGUGGUUCUAUGUUCACCCAACAUUACAUUCACUAUCGAUUAUCUAUGCGCUCAUCACCGAGCUUGGACGCAUUGAAGAAUCAGAGAAAGGAGGCUCGGAUGAAGAUGAAGAUGAUGAAGAGGAAGAUCCAGAGCAAGCGGCGCUUAAUAGAGAGAUGGGUCUCAGCAACCUGAAAGAUGUCAUCAAAGCCAUGAUGGCGGACGAAAGCGGAGGCAUCGUUAAGGGCGGCGAAGUGGUGACGAUUGUCUGGGAGCGGAUGAGGAACAACAGUGGCGACCCUACGGCUUUUCAGGUCUACCGAACUCUAUUGCAUCGCUGUUCAUUGCCAUACACCCAAAUGAUACGCACCUGGAGCACGACCGGGUUCCUUCGGGAUCCUUAUGACGAGCUCAUGGUCAAAGAGUCCAAAUCCAUUAAUAGGGGCAUGCUCGAGAUGGAUUAUAUAGACGAAUAUUGGGAGAAGCGAUAUACACUUCGAGAUGGCACGACUGCAUCAGGUGAAAAAAGAGCCCAAGCCGGUGUACCAAAACCGCGGGCGGCUACUAAUAGGCUUCCCGGAGGUGCCUGCAUGCCGCCCCUCCUUGAACCAUGGAAGCACAAAAUCCUCCAGUCCGGAAAAUACUUGAAUGUUAUCAGAGAAUAUGGGGUUGAUAUCCAUUCUGCGAACGGGUGUAAUGAGGAUGACUGGGUGUUAGAUGAAGAGAAAUUCUACAAAGGCAUCGAGGAUGCGUAUACGUACGCUAAUCGAACGCUGCUGAAGCUCGUGAUUGAAGAUCAAGAACUGCUUCCUCGCCUCCGUGCGAUGAAAAACUAUUUCUUUCUCUCACAAUCAUCGUUCUUAGUGCAUUUUCUGGAGCUAGCUGCCCUCGAACUUCGCAAGCCGUCAAAGAGUGCACCGAUUGUCAAAUUGCAGUCAUUACUUGACUUGUCCUUAAACAUGAACUUUAGUGGCGAAGAAGUGGCAUAUAAGUAUAAGGAUGAUGUUCGCAUCACACUUGCCACCAGUGGAUUAUAUGAUUGGCUGCACCGAGUGAUUAACUCGUCUGGAGUUGGCGGCCUUUCGAGUUCAGAAGAUGGCGAAGGAGGCGAACUUGUGGCUGGAGCGAACGGCUCUGCGACGGAGGAUGUAGAGAGAAAGAAGGAGAGAGAUAAGGACAAGGACAAGAAAUUGACUAUCGUCGAUACGAUUGCUCUUGACUUCACCGUCCCAUUCCCUCUUUCCCUUGUUAUCUCUCGUAAAACCAUCCUUCGUUAUCAGCUUCUUUUCCGUUUCCUCCUCCACCUCAAACACGUCGAGCAAAGCCUCAUGACAAUGUGGAUUGACCAUAAAUCAGAUGCAUGGAAGAAUCCCGCUGAGGCAUGGCAUCCCGAUUUCGCAAGAUGGAAGCGGCGAGUGAUGCUUCUUCGCGCUCGGAUGAUUGCGACUAUACAGCAGCUUGUGAGCUAUGUUGGUGGUGAAGUUUUAGAUAGGAACUGGGCAACACUGGAGGGGAAGCUGAAUACGGUUGCCACCGUUGAUCAACUCCUCCGAGAUCACGUUGAUUAUCUUGAUACGUGCUUGAAAGAAUGCAUGUUAACGAACGCUCGGUGUCUUAAGACCAUAUCUCACCUGCUCCAAACAUGCUACACGUUCUCCCAGUAUAGUCCAAUGUUCAACAAACAAACUCAACAAGUAUACGAUACGUGUCUUGCCGAACAGAAGAAUGGCAAUGAGUUUGACAUCGAAGAAGACAGAGCGACAAUGGAGAAGCGGUGGGCGUUCUUUGCGAAAUUUGAACAAAACUUUAACCACGUUUUCAAGGUUCACCUUGAUACUGUACAAUUCCUUGCGAGUAGUGAGAACACUGCACUGCUUGCACUGGUGGUACGUCUCAACAACAUAAGAAGUUCUUGA